AUGACAGAUUUACAUUCCUCACGCACCAAAUAUGCUGCUGAUCCAGAAUCAGGUUUUCGUUUUGGAAGGUGGGUUCACAGAGAUUCUGGAAGUCUGGAUGAAGUCAGAAGUCAAAGACCAGUGGUUAGAAGAAACUGGCAAGUACGCUUUCAAGAAUCAAUCAAGUCUUCAUUAAAUAGUUGCAAUCAUAAGGUGCUGGUAAUUACCCAAGAAUACUACAAUAAAUCAUUAGAUGGUUUAAAGUUUUUGAAGCUGGAAGUCAUUUAUUUAUUCAAAAAGGUAAAAAGUAUUUCUGUUGAGAUAAAGUUUAAUUAUAAGAGAAGGGAAGCUGGCCAAGAACAUCCAGAAGAUCAAGAAAUUGGUGAAGAACCACCAAUAGUUGAAGGUGAAGGUGCUGUUAAUAAUGUCCCAAAAAAAUCGAGUUUAGAGGUUAUGAAUGAAAUAUUAAAAGAUCAGAACAAAAAGAAGAGCUACAAGAUUAUAAGACUGUUGAAUCAAAUCUUGCUAUUUAUAGGUGCUGGUUUAUUUAUGUACAAAAUAGACAAUGAAGACAUAGAUUACAUUUGGAAUAUAGUCUCAUUAAUUUUUGGUGUCUUUGGUCCUACAAUAACAGAGUUUGAUAAAGGUUUUCUCAAUUUGAUUAUGUUAUUCAUAUUUAGUACAUUAAGUUCAAUUAAAGGAUGGGGACCUGAUAAAUGUGGUUACAACACAACUUUGUUUCUGAUUCAUCUUUUUAUUAAAUCUGCUUCACUGAUUGGUAUAACUCUUUUGUUUUCUUUCUUGAUCAAUUUUAAGCAAAAUUCUUUAUCAUCAUAA